AUGUCACGCUUGCUGAAAGCAAGGGGCGGAGCAAGCCUGCCGGCUCUGCACUACUCCGCUCCGAGCCUCUGCAGCCGCCGCCUCACCACCACCAACAGCGGCUCGGUGGCGGGCUCCAAGGGGACACCGUGGAAGUUCGUGCUCUUCAGCGACCUGCACGUGAGCGCGGCCACCAUAGACCGGUGCAUCGCCACGCUGGGCCUCAUCCGCGAUCUGUCGCGUGAGGAGAGAGCGCCGGUGGUCUUCCUGGGCGACUUCUGGCACCACCGCCACUCCCUCCAGGUCCGCCAUGUCGACAGAUUGCUGCAAGAGUUUCAGCAGUGGAGCGACGAGGGCGUGCGGGCCACACUCAUUCCGGGCAAUCACGACCAGGUGAGCGUGGACGGACUCGUGCACGGGAUCAGCAUGUUUGGUCUCUUCCCCAACAUUUCCAUCGCGACUCGACCCAUCUACGAUGCCUCCAAUCGCCUGGCCUUCCUUCCCUGGCGCGAGGACUCCGCGGAGCAACAGCGCCAGUUUGUACACGUUAGCGAACUCGAGCCGCUUGUCGAUUCCAGCAGUAGCGAACAAACGCCAGGCAAGGACUCGAGAUGGACCAUUUUCGCGCAUGCCGAGGUCGGCGGAGCCGUUGCCAACGGCGGCCAUAUAGCCUCCGGGCGCAUCUCCAGAGCGCAGAUCGAGCAGGUGGCGAGGGCGUGCUACGUGGGCCACUACCACAAGCGACAACUCAUUGGAGACCGGAUUUGGUAUGUGGGCAGCCCCUUCGAGCAGAACUUUGGUGAAAUGAAUGAGCCGCACGGCGUUGCGGUGGUUUCAUCGGAAAGCAUCGUACCACGUUUCGUCAACUUUGAACAAAUGCCCAAGCACUGGAAGUUCUCGUUCCCGGCCGACUUUCAAUUCAACGCAGCUGAGAACGGGGCGGUGGAGCAACCGACGUCGGCUAUGCGACCCUUCGAGCUUGUGCGACCACACGACAUUGUCGAGGUGCUGCUCGUCGUUCACGCCUUGAUCACGCAGUGUUUGAGAGCGUGUCUGACCUACAACGGCUGGGCUGAAGUGCUCCUUCGCCGCAUCGUCAAACGCAAGACCGAUGGUGGCGGCGUCGACCGCGCUGCGCACACUGUGCCCGCCAGCGACAGCACCACCACGCCCAAUGUCGCGGCCGAAGGCUAUUCGUCGCAGAUGCUCGACCACUUCGUCCAAGAGUACAUCGACAUCACCAAGAAAGAAGUAGAUCACCCCGACCGUUCGGCGUUGGUGGACUUUGCCCGGACAGCGCUCUCCGAGGUCGCACAUCAGCCCAACACCAUUCGCCCAAUCGGCAAGGUGGUCUCCUUCAAGAGUCUUUCUGUUGAAGAUUUCUGUGCUAUCAAGGGUCGAGCCGACUUGGAUUUCACGACAACGGGCAUGGCAUUGCUGCGCGGUCCUAUGGGCGUGGGCAAGACCUCGUUGGGCGACGCACUCACCUGGUGUCUCUACGGCAACACGACCCCUCGCAAACCUGGAACUGCUGCGGCAUCGCUGCGCGGCGAUGAGGUCAUCCACGACGACGCCAAGGAAGUGUCCGUCACGCUUCACCUCGAGGUGGACGGUAAGCCGCUCUCAGUAUCGAGGUCGAAGAGGAAAGGAGCCGGGGCCAAGGUCAAGAUCGAGGGCAUCGAGGAACCGGAGGGCGUGCGCGAUCAGCAAAUGCUGGUGAACAACAUCGUGGGACUCGACUUUGACAUGUGGCGCAUGUGCGUGUAUCUGGGCCAAGGUGCCGUGUCCAACUUUGUGACCGACGCCGACAAGCGCCGGAAGGAACUCCUUUCGCGAACGCUCAACCUGGGUGCGUGCACGCUCGCCCAGAAGACGGCCAAGGACCAGAAGAAGAAACUUGAAAUGGAGAUGGAAAAGACCAAGAUCGAACUCGCCAAAGCCAUGGCCGCCCACGAAACCUGGACCAAGAUCGAUUACGACGAGCAGGCGAGGGCGUGGGUCGAGGAAAACAGGAAGGCCGUCGAAUCAGCCGAGGCCAAGGCCACAGAGCUCCAACAGCAGCUGGACAACGUCAAAACAAUGGAAGGAAAGGAGGAGAAGGAGUGGAUGGACAAGAAGCAGAGCGUACAAGUGGCCAUCAACCAGAUGAACAAGGUCAUCAACGACGUCGCCGCCAAGCAUCAGACCACCAUCAGCCUCUUGUCCAAGAGACUGGGGCAACUCCAAGCCGAGCAGCUGGCGUCCGCAAAGGAGAAGAAGAAGAUGGAGGACGAGAUUCAUCGAAGGCAUCCACACUCCUCCCCUGCCCAGGAAACUACGACGGCGGCGGUCGACACGUGCAAUACGUGUGGACAGCCCAUCUCAUCGGAGAUAAAGGACCGGCUGGUGGCCGACCUGCGCCAGAAGGUGGCCGAGCGGGAGUCGCUGGUCGCGCGGCUCGCGGAGGAGCUGAAGGCCGUCGACGCCGAGAUGGCGGCCGAGAAGCGGGACUACGCCGAGCGCCGGCAGGCCGGGGAGAAGGACCUCGACCAGCUGCACAGGCAGUCGACCGAAUGCGCCGAGAAGCUGACCAUCGCCGCCAACAUGCGCAACAACCGCAAGAACGUGGAACGCGCGCUCAGCGAGGCCGCGGCCCAGAUGAAGAAGCUUAACACAGCAAGGAAUCCGUUUGAAGAGCAAAAGGCGGAGAAGGACACUAAAGUCCGCACUCUGCUGCAGUCGAUGGCGCACAUCAAGUCAACGAUGGACAGCACCGACCAGCAGCUGCGCGUUGCUGAAUUCUGGGACACGGGAUUCGGUCCUAAAGGCAUACCUGUCACCGCGCUCAGCGCCGUACUGCACGAGCUCGAGGACUAUGCCAACCAUUUUCUGUCCAUUCUGUUGCAGGGCAAGAUCAACUGCACCCUGUCGAUGGAGGGCGACGACCUGCAGAUCGACUUCCACGAAUUCGACCAGGUGAGCGGCAAGCUGCGUUCGCGUUCCUUCACCCAGCUCUCCGGCGGGCAGCGCCGCUGUGCCGAGCUGGCCUUCUCCCCCUUUGCGUUGAGCGAGAUGGUGUUCAAUCGCAGCGGCGUACGCAUUCCCUUCCUAAUCGUCGACGAGAUGACCACCCACCUCGACCCGGCCACCAAGCCGCUGGUGUGCGAGGUGCUGCGGCGCCUGGGCAAGGAGACGGUGCUGGUGAUCGACCACGACCCGUCAGUGCAGGGCGAGUUCGACCGCAUACUCGACCUCGCACGCGACCCGCACACUGGCCGACUCCUCAUCGCCCCCGAGUCCGCCGACGCCGGCACCGACGCCGCCGUCGCCGCUGUCGCGCUCUGA